AUGGCGCUUCUACCAAUCCGAUUAGACCCGGAUUCGGUGGUUUUCCCGCAUACAUAUAUGGCAACAAGUACAAGAAUGACUAUCAAGAUCAUUAAUGAUUCAAAUCACGUUGUGCGCUAUGAAUGGCGACGAAAUCCAGAUUUACUAUCCGAUUUGAAUGAAUUGUCUAAACUAGAUCUCGGAAAUCCAGAACAUAGGAAAGAUCAUGAGAAAAAAUUACAAUUUAAUUCAGAUUCAUUCUUCAUCGAACCGUUAUUUUCAGAAAUUUGGCCUCAUCGCUUUCAGCAAAUUGUAGUAACAUUCAAACCUAAUACAGAUGGCAUAUUCUUCGAAACAGCAUACCUUUUCGAUAAAUUAUCAAAACUUCGUGUUCCAUUACAACUUCAAGGCUUAUCAUUACCAGCAGAAGCUGCAUUCAACAUCGAAACAAUACAUAUUGGCCAUGUUAAUCUAGGUGACGUCAAUGAUUACCAAAUUAUGCUAAUGAAUACUGGUCAAGUCAAUGCAAACUUCGAAUACAUAGAAGAACAACACGACAAUUACUAUGAUUUCUUGCCAAAUAAUGGCUCACUUGAAGUAGGCGGAUCAAUACCUAUAAUAAUUCAUUUUGAAGCAAAGCAUGUUGGACAAUUCUCAGAGUCAUUUUACUUCUCCGUUAAUGGUAAGACAGAAGGCUGUCCUAAAAUCACUCUUACUGGUAAAGUUGUCGGUCCAUCAUAUGUUCUUUCAACACAUUGUAUUGAUUUUGAAAAAGCCGGAUACGGAUUUGUUCAUUCUCAGUCUUUUACCGUAACAAAUUCAUCUCAAAUACCUCUUAGUUAUAAAAUGCACUUGAGAAUUGACGGUAGUUUCGAAAAACACGAGUUAAGCGUGUUACCAGACGAAGGUGUGAUUGCUCCAAAUGAAAUUUCAAAAUUCACUGUAGAGUUACUUCCAAAAAGUGUCAAAAACUAUAAUGCAAUCUUAGAAUUUUUACCCACAGACUUAGAAAACUCACAAGAGAUUGUGAUCAAAGCGAAUUGCAUAUGUCCUGAAAUUUCACUCCUGAGAAAUGUGUUAGAAGUUGGUGAUAUAUUCAUCAAUAAAAGAAUAAUGGCUCAAUUAAUUGCAUUGAACAAAACAGAGUAUCCAGCUAGAUAUGAAUUCGUUUCUUGCAAUGAUCCUUCAAUAUUAGAAGCCAAGAUUGAAUAUGAUAAUGAUACAGGAGUCAUACAAGCAAAUGGAAGAACAGUUAUUCCAGUUUACAUAACUCCAAAAAUGAUUGGACAGAUCAGAUUAACAAGAUUUAUCAGAAUCUCAGGAGCAACUUAUAGACCACUUGAUUUCUCAAUACAAGCUAAUUGUAUUGGUCCUAAGAUUUUAAUGACACCUGAGAAAGUUGAUUUCGGUAAAUCAACAGUUUUGGUUGAAACCAUUAAAAAUGUUGUUAUCACAAAUAAUUCACCAAUUCCUGCAUCUUUCAAAGCAUCAAUAAAAAAGAGUGGAGAUAUAUUCUCUAUCGAUUUGAAUGAGGCAACAAUAGAACCAAAUAGUUCUUUAGAAUUCCCUAUCAAAGCUAUUUUUAAUGAUUCUGUUCCUUUCAACUCAAGUAUUGAAUUUAUUUUCCAAAAUUUAGCACCAUUCAGCAUUCCAAUAUCAGGAAAAGGAAUUGGAUGUCCAAUUGUUCCUUCAAUAUCUCUUAGCUCUAUAAGCACUGGUAUUUUAUUUACUAAUGAGCCAAGAUAUAUUGAUUUCACAUUGACAAAUAAAGGAAGAAGAAAUAUUGAAAUUAAAUGGUUAAUGCAAAAAGCAAAAUCAUUUCCUGAUACAGGAAAAUCUGCUUCAGUAAGUAUCUCUCCAGAAUCAGCCUAUUUCAAAGUCAAUAAAGUUCAGAGCUUUAGAAUUACUGUUGUUAGCUCUUAUGCAACUCAAUAUACAUGCAAUUGUAGUUGUAUGGCAAUUGUUGGAAAGAAAUCUUUUGAAGUUUUCUCUCCGCUAAUUUCUGGAACAUUCAUUGAUCCAUUAAUAACUUUCUCAAAGCCAAGAAUGGAUUUCAAGCAUUAUCAUGAUACAGUUAAUGAGUCUAAAUCAGCUUUAGAACCAAGCCCCGAGUUAUUACCUGGUAUAACUCAAUCAAAUACAAUUAUUAAUUCAACAGAAUUAGAAGUCACUCUUUAUGUUAAUAAUCUUGAAUAUUUUGAAAUUUCUCCAAAUAUUUUUAAUCUGAAACCAGGAGAACAAAUAGAUUUUGAUGUAACAUUUUUAACAAGUAAGAAGAAAGAUUUCUUAGCGCAAAAGAUAGAUGACAACAUUAGAUUCGAAAUAGAAGGCAAUCCAACAAAUAUUUACCUUCCUGUUUCAGCAAUUUAUGCAUUUCCAAAUCUCCAAUUCAAUUCACUUGCUCCUCUUAAUUUUGGAGUUUUGAGUUCUGAAACAGAAUUAACUAAAGAUAUAACAGUUAAGAAUACUUCUUUAGUUGAUUGCCAUUACACGUGGGAGCUUACAAAUCGACAUAAUGAUCAGCUAAUUAAUCAAGUCUUUGAUAUUUAUCCAUUUUCUGGUGUUAUUCCUGCAGGUUCAAAUGAAACUUUCCAUUUUUCAUUUUACGGAAAACUUAGAGAAGGAAAAUUAUCAUCUUCGUAUGACACAAUUGCGAUAUGUCAUGCAACAGGCGGUCCUGAUUAUACAGUACAAUUGUGUGGAGAAGUUGCUAAAGUUGAUUACGAAAUUGAACCAAAAGUUAUUGAUUUUGGUACACGUUACUUUGAUGAUUAUUUAAUCUCAAAUAUUAAGAUUACAAAUAGAAGUUUGAUUCCUCUUCAAUACAAGAUCCAAAUUCCACAACAAACUUCAUUUAAUUACAUAAAUAUUGAUUCACUUACUGGUUCUGUUGAUAAGGAAAUGACAGCAACAAUAAAGGUGAAGAUUUAUCCAGGAAUUCCAAGAAAAUAUAAUGAAUCAAUCAAUAUAACAAUAGGUAGAUAUGAUGUAACUCCAAUUGAAAUCAAAUGCGAUUGUCAAUUCCCUCAGUUGCAAUCAGAUAUGGAGAGAGAUACUGAUGAUCCAUUAAUGGAUACAUUCAUUCACAGACCUCGUAAAACAACUGCAAUUCCUUCACCAGAUCACUUGAGUUCCAUUGAAAGAGAUCUUUUCAUUGAUAUGUUGGAAGCAAAGAAAGCAUCAAUGAAAAUGACAGGAAGAAAGAAAUUAGCAACACAAACCCAAGAAGCAUAUGUUUCAAGUAUAUUCGUUGUUGAUUUCGGAGAUAUUCUUGUUGGUGAAGAUAAAUUUGUUGAAAAAACAUUUACAACAUUUACUCCACUUCCUGUUUCUUUUGAAAUAAUUGAUGAUAGUUUGGAAGGAACAGGAUUUUCUGUAUCAGAAGUUUCCUUCAAAAAUGUUUUGCCAAAUACGACUAUUCCAAUAAGAUUUUCGUUCGAAACAGCGAAGAGAACAAAUAAAAUCGGAGGAAACAUCGAAUUACCAAUUUAUGUAGCGUUUACUGAAACAUUUUGUUAUAUAAUUAGAAUUAUUGCUACAAUAUCAAUUCCUUGUCUGUCAUUUAGCAAAGCUUAUUUCAUGUUUGAGCCAACAAUCAUUGGACAAAAGAGAACAAUGACUUUGCAAAUACAAAACACAAAUAGAAUUGAUACAAAAUUCGGAAUCAAUUGGAAAAUGAUUGAAAACAAAAAGAUUCCAAAGAAUAUCUUCAAAAUUGAACCUUCUGAAGGAAUCAUUCCAUCAAUGAGUUAUGAAAACAUCACAAUAACAUUUGAACCAAAAUCUUCAAGACAAUAUUCUCUUGAAAUCCCAUUUGAAACACAGUAUAAUGAUGAUGUAACAUUUGUUGCCCUCAAAGGUCAAGGUUUCAAUCUUAAAAUCCAAUUUGAACCAGAAAAAAUUGAUUUCAGUCCAAGAUUACCUUACUCUGAUCCACAAACCAUCAAGUUUAAGAUCAUUAAUCCUACAGACCAUGUUGUUGAAGUAUUUAAUACACAAUAUGAUGCAAAAAUUGCUCAAGUGAAUAUUCCUCAAAUGAUUUCAGGAUCAUCAAAGAAUAUUUUUGAAUCAUUGACUGAGCUUCCAUCACCUGAUGCAACAAUGAGUAAAAAAUCACUUGCUUCUGCAGAAGCAUCACUCAGCAGAAAAUCUCUUCCUGUUUCAGUACCUGAAGAAAAGAUAAUUACUAAAAACUUCUCAAUUUGUAUCAUUGUUCAUGGAUCUCCAAAAGCAGGAAAAACUCAUAUUUCAAAGCUUUUGUCAAGACAUUUCAACUUACCAAUCAUUAAAUUGUCAAGCAUUUGGGAAAGCACAGAUAACAGAGAAGCUUUGUUACGGGAAAUUAUAUCAAUGCCAGAAUUCUCCAAAGGAUUCAUUAUCGAUGGAUUGGAUGGAAUUCCAGAUGGAAAAGAAAGUGAAUUAUUUGUCACUCAUAGCAUGAAAAUUAAAAAUGUUAUGGAAGAUAUGCAAAAGAACCCUUUCAUGGAUAUCCAAAAGCCUGGAGAAACAACAUCUUCUAUUGAAUGUUUAAAUACUAUUUUAGAGUCAUUGAGCUGCCAUUAUGUUUUCUUAAUUGGAGUUACAUGUUCAGCUGAUAUUGCAAUCAAAAGAAUUGAAGAAGAAAACAUGAAAGAUUUCGAACAAAAAGCAGAGAAACUUCGCCAAGAAAUGGAAAAGAUUGCUUUGAUGGAUGAAGAAGAAUACAAUGCAUUACCUGAAAGAGAAAAAUUAAAAGUAGAUCAGAUGAGAAAGAAAGCUCGUGAGGAUAUUGUUGGUGUUGAAGAGAAAGCUGUUGAAUGCGCAAGAAAAUCAAGGUUGUCAAAUAGAAGCCAACUAAUCAAAACUAAUCAAUCAAUAGAUAAAUCACAAGCAAAUUCUAAUAAUAACAAAAAUGUUAAAAAGAAAUUGACUAUCAACGAAGAAAUUCAAGCAAAGAUAAAUCUAUUCUUGCUUUCCUUUGGAGCAUUAGCAAGAAUGGUUCAAGAAAGGCGUCCAAAUACAAUUGUUAUUGAUCCACAAACUCUUCAAUUACCAAAUAAAGUCAAAUUUGAUGACCAUCAAGAGAAAACUUGUUCAACACAGAAAAACUUAAACAGUUUAUUCCUAACAAUUACAGAUCCAGAAGAUGAUGUUUACAGUGCAUUAUAUUCAUUCUUCCCGAGAUGGAAUGUUAUGAGAGAAAAAAUAUUCCAAAAACUAAUUCCAGAUUCUCAAAUCAUUAUUCCUGAUGAAGCACUUUAUACUCCACUGAACUUAGAACCAAUUUUAGAUUGUUUCCAUUUACUUCCUGCUGAUGAACAUCAAGUUGAAGAACCAGAAAGAUCUCCCUCUUCAAUUUCAAAAGGGAGGAAAUUCAGAACAAGUUCAACAAUCAUUAAAAGUCCGAAUCGUCCUAAGAUUAUUCUAGAACAAAAUUUGGAUCCAGUUUACACACCAAGAUGGUUAAUUGAACCAAAUUCGUCUGUUUCUUUAGCUGUCAGAUUCAUCAGCAAAGGAAUUGGUAACUACAAUGACUUCUUCAAUUUCCAGAUUGUUGGAGGAAAUGGAAAGAACAUUCAGUUACCAGUAACUGCUACAUGUGUUAUUCCAGAAAUUGAUAGAUCUCCAUCAUCAAUUUUCCAGAAAAUUCAAAAGAAAUUCUUCAUGAAAACAGAGUUUUCUUAUAUUGAAACAUUGAAAGAAUAUCACUUUGGAUUUCAACUUGUAAUGAAAGAAAAGACAAAGAAUCAACCUCCUGCUUACAAGACACAGUUUCUAAUAAAGAAUGCAGGCAUUAUACCAGCAGAAAUUACUUCUAUUCUUUCUGACCAAGGAAAAUCUCCAUUCACUAUUGAAAAUGGAAAUUGUACAAUUAAUCCUGGAUAUCAAACAAAUAUAACAAUUGGAUUUCAUCCAAUUACUGCAGAAAGAUUUAGAUCAACGCUUUCUAUUUUCGUUAAAAAUAAUCCAGAACCAUUAAUCAUUCCUAUUGUUGGUGAUGGUUGCAUUCCUUCAAUCGAAUCUAAUUUGACAACAUUAGAUUUCGGAAGAGUUGUUACUGAUCAUUCUUUAACCUUGCCAAUAACCUUAAGAAAUAGUGGAAAGACAGGAGCAUAUUGGAAAUUAAAAGGUGUUCAGCAACUCGAAAGUUUCUUAACUUUCUCCUCGACUGAUGGAAUUAUUCAGCCAAUGCAAUCUCUUGAUAUAUCUGCAACUUUUUCAUCAAAGAAAUCUCAAAUUAUAAAGAAGCCGAUCCAAAUUGAUAUCAUGGAUAAAAACAAACUUAGAAUGUAUUCUACAUUCCAUAUUCAAGUUCUUGCCGAAGCAUUUGAUAUCAACUUCGAUUUCAUUUAUCCAAAGGGAAUUGAUCAUUUGAACUUUGGCACUUUACAGGUUGGUGAAAAGUCGGAUUUGGUUUGUGUAAUUAAGAAUAGAGGAAAAUAUGCAUCUAUCUUCAAUAUCACACCCCAAAAGAGUGCAAUGAAAUACUUAAAAGCCAACAUGUUAGAAGGUCAAAUUACUGGUGGUGAAAAAGGUUCAAAACAAAUCACUUUUUCAUUCCUUUCUGAAGCUCCUGUUGAAAUUAAAAAUGCCGUUGUUGCUUAUUUGAAAGUAAUGGAUACUGUAACAAAUACUGCAUUAGGAACUGUUCCAAUUAGACUUUCGGCAGUUACAGCUUAUUCAAAAAUCAGAUUAGAUCCUCCAAUACUUGACUUCGGUUUAUGUGAACUCGGAGAAGUCAACUCAAAAACUGUUACAAUUUAUAAUGAUGGAAGUUUCCCAUUUGAAUUCACAUUAGCUAGCAAAGACAUUGCUGAUACAAGGAAUACUAAUAAGAAUAGGAAACAGAAGCCAAGACCUCAAAAAUCGAAAUCGAAACUGCAGACGAUUCGUUUCUUUUUCGGAAACUUCGGAUGUUCUCAUGCAGAAGGAACAGUUCCUCCUGGCGGAUCUCUUCAAAUGGUUAUAGAAUAUUCUUCAAUGAAUCCUGCUGAAGAUGAAAGUGAUUUAAUCUUCAAUGGAGCAAAUCUUGAUCCUACUUUAAACGGUGCUUUGCAUUAUACAAUACGUGCGAAGACAUCGCUUCCUUCCAUAGAAACAGAACUAUUUGAUCAAAUAUUCCCUGAUUUGCCACUUUGUCUAAGAUAUGAUCUUGCCAGGAAAGACAUUCUUUGCUUUGUGGAAGAUGAGCAAACUCUUCAUUUCAAUCCAACAAAUCUCAAAUCUUCCAAAAGUGUUAAAGUUCGUCUGAUCAACACAUUAGAAAUUCCAGCUGUGAUUGAUGCUGUUGUCAGACCAGUCAAGAAAGGAGAUUCAAGUAAAUUGCCUUUCUCUCUUUCUGAAAAACAAUUCUCUCUACCUCCUCAUGGUUACGAUGAAUUGGAACUCGUUUUUAAUCCUGAUAAAGUUGGAAAAUACACUGCAAUAUUCGAAGCAAUCCCUCAUGCUAAUGCUUCUAGAGAUUCCACUUCUGGAUUAACAUUUAGAAUAGAAGCAGAAGGAGCUCUUCCUCAAGUUUCUGUUGAAGGAUUCCCAGAAAAAUCAAAGAAAUCAUAUUCAUAUUCUUUUGGAAGAACACUAGUUGGAUUUACUCGAGAAAAAGGUGUUACUAUUAUAAACAAUGGAUUACUUCCAGCUAACAUCCAAAUCAAUGCUCAAGCCUCUCCUGAUUUCACUCUUCUUGGUGUGGAAACUAAUUCUGUUCUUCUUCAUCCAGGAAGAAGUAUUUCUCCUAAGAUGAUUUUCUCUCCAUCUAAAACAAAGAAAUCAACAUUUGAUAUCCAAGUUAAAGUUGAAGAGAAUAGUAACUCUGAUUUCACAAUGAGUUUUGUUGGUGAUGGUGUUGUAGAAGAUAUCAUUUUCGAUGGAUUACAAAGUGAUGAUUCUUUGAUUUUCAGAGACGCUGUUAUUGGAAAGAAAGAGACACAGACUUUCAUUAUUAAAAACAUUUCUUCUUCAGAUUACAGAUUCCAAAUUGAAGAAAUUCCGUCUCUCACUAUUGUUCCGACUGCUGGACAUAUUCAUAAGCAUAAUUCCAAACCAAUUACUGUUACAUUUAACGCUGAUAGCCAAGUUAGAUAUAAUGGACAGAAGAUGACAGUUAAAGUUCAAGAAAUUAUCCUUCCAGAAAACUCUGAAGAAUGGGAUGAUUCAAUGAAAGUUGAACAGAUUGUUAUGCCUGUUGUACCUCCAUCGCCAAUUGGAUCUUCCGAUAGAGGAAGAGGAAUUUCUUCUUCAAGAACUAAAAGAAAAUUCCCAACUUUCCAAGGAAUUCCAUCAUCUCCAUCCAGAGCUAAUUUCCCAACAUUUAAUCCUAGUGUCUCUCCAUCAAGGAUUUCAACGUCAUCAUCAAGAUCAAGCAUAUCUUUACAAGGUCCACAAGUGCAAUUAGUCACAAAAGAAGAGCCAAUUUGCAGCAUAACACAGAAGUCAAAAGAUUUCAUUAUAAAAGUCACAGCAAGAUCAGAUAAUAUUCACUACAAUAUCGAUACAGAAAGUAUUGCAUUUCCACCAACGAUGAUGUUUGAAAAGAGAGCAGAGUAUGUCAACAUUACGAAUACUUGCUCAAUCAAAUUUGGUUUCAAAUGGUUUGCAACUGUACCUGAAGAAAUCAAAACAGCAGAUGGAACACCUCCUUUCACUAUAGAGCCAUCUGAAGGUGUUAUCGAACCAGGAACAUCAACAAAGUUUGCAAUUACUUACGCCCCAACAACAAUUGGCAAUUUCCAAAGCAAACUUGUUUGCGAUGUUCCUUCUCUAAGUAUACAUGAAGAUCCAACAGUGUUUGUUAGCGGAUCUUCUAGAAGACCUGUAUGUCAUAUUGUUUGUGAUGCAAGCGAUUACUUGUUAAGAAGACAUCCUGAUUAUUCAUAUGAUAUCCCUCCUGGGACUCGUGUUCUUGAGAUUUUCUCCAAAGGCGUCAAUAUUUCGAGUUCUAAAAUUGUUGAAGUCAUGAAUACAAUGGAAACAGCUUAUGAUGCUGUCUGGACACAGAUGAAUGAAACAUAUGAUGAGAAGAGUAUCACAUGCGAUCAAACAAUCGCAAUCAUUUCAAGUGGUAAAUCUCUUCGAACUUCAUUUACUUAUCGACCAACGAAAGCUCGAACCGUUGAAAGCCUUUGGAAACUAUCAAUUCCAUCUACGAACACAUACGCGUAUAUUCUUGUCGUAGGCAGGAUUAUGCCGCGAUAA